CAUUCACUACUUAAUACCGGUAGAUGCGCGAGAGCAGCGAACAUAGUUAGAAACCAAAACCAAACCCAAAACCAGAAGCAAAACUAGUCCUCUGUCUAUAUAUAGAGUUCGAGUUUUUCAAAGAUUCAGUCUUUAGUGUUCAAAUUCCAGUCUUUCUUUUUUCCUUGUUGGGGUUCAAGUUCCAGUCUUGCUCCAACAACAGAAUCCUUGCAUACUUGGGUAACUUAUCUAUGCCAGAAAACAGAAAUGAAUCACUUCGUCCCGGAUUUCGAAAUGGACGAGGAUUACUCUAUCCAGGCUUCUUCUGCUCGCGCGAGAAAAUCCGCUAUGCCGGACAAUGAGAUCAUGGAGCUGGUAUGGCAAGAGGGUCGGCUAGUUAUGCAGAGCCAACUCCAGAGGCCGCAGAAGAAGACCAGAUACGACGCUGUUAUUCCCCAACAGGCUGUAACUCCGGCCGCGCCCCUACCGCAGCAGCCGGAUAAUCAACCACAGCUGUUUAUGCAAGAAGAUGAAAUGGCCUCCUGGCUACAGUACCCUUUAACCGAGGACGACUCUUUCUGCGCCGACCUUCUUUAUAACGACUCCAGUAACGUUCAACCCAACAACAACAGCCACCCACCGCCGGUCCAUCCUCUUCCGCCACCUAGGAGGACCGAGCUCCAGAACUUCCUCCACUUCUCCCGACUCAACAACAACAACAAUAACAACAGGCCUCGGUAUGGAUCACCGGCGGCGGCGCCGUCGAGCGUGGUGAGGGAGACGACGGUUGUGGACUCGAACGACACGCCGCUAGUGGGCCCGGACUCCAGGGUUAUGGCCGCCUCCAACAACAAUGCUAGCCCGGGCAUCAGCAUGAGCGGCGGAGGAGGAGUUGCCGCCACCGGUACGGCUACGGCGUCCGCCGGGAAAGACGUUGUGACAUGCGAGAUGUCGCUGACGUCUCCCGGCGGAGGCUCUACCAGCGGGAGCGGGAGCCUAAGCACCGAUCAGAUGACGACUGAGAAGCCCCCGCCGCCUCCGCCGGUGGAGGAUCGGAAGCGCAAAGGAGGUAGAGACCCCGACGACGCCGAGUGUCAGAGCGAGGAUGUGGAGUUGGAAUCUCCCACAGCAAAGAAGCAAACCCGGGGAUCGACUUCGACCAGGAGAUCGCGAGCUGCGGAGGUCCACAAUCUCUCAGAAAGGAGACGUCGCGAUAGGAUCAACGAGAAGAUGAGGUCUCUACAAGAACUGAUACCUCGUUGCAAUAAGUCCGACAAAGCGUCAAUGCUGGAUGAAGCAAUUGAGUACUUGAAAUCACUUCAGUUGCAAGUACAGAUGAUGUCCAUGGGAUGCGGGAUGGUCCCUAUGAUGUUUCCUGGUGUUCCACCAUAUAUGCCAAUGGGGAUGGGAAUGGGCAUCGGCAUGGGAGUGGAAAUGGGAAUGACUCGGCCUAUAAUGCCAUAUGGUAAUGUGUUAGCUGGUUCUACCAUGCCAACAGCGGCUCAGAUGAGACCGAGGUUUCCUGUGCCAGCAUAUCAAAUGCAGACUAUGCUUCCCAAUUAUCCUAACAGAGUCCAAGCAACUAAUACAUCGGAACAUAUGUCAAACUCACUUGUGACACAAACUCAGAACCAAUCACGAGAACCAAAUUUUGCAGAUCCUUAUCAGCAGUACUUCACUCCCCAGCAGAUGCAGAUGCAGAUGCAGAUGCAACUACAGCAGUCCCUUUCCUCUUUACAAAAUCAAGCUAUGGCUCAGCCAAGUUCUAGCAAGCCAAGUUCCAGCAUGGGACCAGAAAAUCAAGAGAGCCAUCAAUGAGGUUCAAAUUUUUGCAGAUCGAUCACAGAAGGCAUUUGCCUGCGAAGUUUUGUAGUCUUAAAGCUCUGAGAGUAGCUUUUUCUUGCCUUGGUGAUGCCAUGUAACAAAACUAACCUGUAACUAUUAGAAGUUUAGAACCCCAUAUAUAGCAACAAAUAUACUUUAGCGUUGUUGCUCCUUAUAUAUUUUAGAAGUUUAAGAUCAGAUAUACAUAGAUUUAGUGAUCCCAUAUUUCAUAGAAAUGCCUGUUCUAAAAGGAAGCAAUCUUUAGGUCGAAUGUUUCUGGAAGUUGUAGAUGAAAUCUUAUCGAAGACAUUGCUUUCACUUUCUGGAAUGAGCGAUCUCUACUUCAAUGUUUACUUGACAUGAAUUUUUACAGAGAAAUGUGAUCCAUCAAUAGGUAGAAGACCACUAGAUAGUGUUAAACAAUACUGGGAUCUGAGAAUGUUGGGUGCAUUCUGAUUUUGAUGUCCUACAGUAGUCGAGAGGUGAACUGAGUUUUCCUACUUGAAAAUAUGCAUGGCUGAAAAACGAGGGUUGAGACGCCGAAGAAGUUUUGUCGCAAAGGUUUUUCACACGUACUUGACUAAUGAACUUUGAUCUGGAAAGAGUUGACUUAAUUUGCUCCGUCUAAGUCGGAGCUGAGAAUACCGAAACCUAGGGUUUCUGGUGCAAGCGGCGCUAGGCUUCAGCCCCUUGCUGUGGGAUCCUCUGUGCGUCGACGACAUGCAAGGUGGGUUUAACGUGCGAGAUUAGACUCCGUGCGUGUAGACGAUCUCCACCAACGGUGGUUUUCACUUUCGGAAGGCGACGAUUCGAGUCGAGGAGAUUACUAGUAGGCAAGGUGGGGUUAGCUUUCG